UCAUAUUGAGUUGUGUGGUCAUGAUAAUGAAAUUCUGAUAAUGCAUGAAUUCCUCAAGAGACAUAGUUGUCUUGGAGAGACGAAUCAAACUUGUGGUAUUACAUUUACCACGUGUUUAUUUUCAACAACAGUUGAAUCAAUGUCAGGUUAUUAGCGCAUUGUUUACAACCAUUAACCCAGAAUUGGAGGUUGUAAUGUGUGGGAGCCGUCUAGUUUAUCAGCAAGAUUUACGAGACUUGAUCCGUUCAUUGACUGCGGCUGCAAGAAAGUUUGGGGAACAUGUCCUUACUCAACUUUGUUCCCUGGCCUGCACUCAAACUGAUGAUCAGAUCAUUGCAGUGGAAGGAGAAAUGCCCAUCAAUUGUGAUUCCUCUUCUCAAAGAAGUACAGCACAAGUACCGGAACAAGCUUUAACUUCAAUAAUGAGGCUGAAAAGUUAUAGAUGCUAUCUCCGGCAAAAGCAAGUUUUUGUAAAUUCUGAACCUACCCCAUUAGUUCACUCCGGAUCAGUAAUACCAGUCCAUGCCAAAUGCUGUCUUUUCGAAUGCAGUGAGAGGAACUUUGGGAAUGAAGCAGAAGAAAACACAAAGUCGUCAUGUCAUCAUGUACGUAUAAUGGCUGAAACUCAACUGUACGGUAGCUAUAGUUCAUUUCAGCUGAAAACAUCCCUCCAGUUGUUACUUAAACACUCCAAGGUGGCCACUCUCAGUCUUGGUGGACAUACAAUUUCUGCUUUCAAGAAGUUUGAUCCAUCCUCCGCAUCCAAUAUUAUUUGUUUCUCUGAUAAGGAAAUUCCAGUGUGGUUCAGAAAUGAGAUGUCGUAUCAGAUGUCUUCUAGGUCCAGGGUGGGAAUCAAACUACCUCCAAGAUUGCUUGAGGAUAGGAAUUGGAGAGGACUUGGUGUAUGUGUUGCCUUUGAAGUUCAUGACCAGAUUGCAACUACCUCCCCAGGGCCGGUCAAACUUCUCUGUCACUUGAGAGCCAAGGACAACUAUUGCUUGAAUCCUAUCCCCAUGUGUUCCAUAACAGAAGAGAGAUACAAGUCAUUGCAUCUUGGUAGAUUCAUUUGGCUAACCUACAUACCCCGUAUUUUGCUAACAGAGCUCAAUGUGGUCAGUGAUGUAGAGGCCAGAAUCUAUGUUAGUUGCAGAGGCUUGAGAGUGGAGAAGUGUGGUAUACGUCUGUUGUACCGGCAAGAAGAGGUGGAGUUUGAGGAAAUAAUAAGGGAGUGCUGGACUUCUUUCUUUGAUAAUCUGUCUUUUAUCCGUCAACUUGUAGAAGCAGAUGAUCAAAAUGAUCAACUAUGGACAAGGCAUGAACCUCCAAUGCUUGAAGGCCAUAUCAAGGUCUUUGAUCCAGAUUUAAUAUAUAAUGCAAUUCCCCAUUCUAAUGAAAUUCCGGAGUGGUUCGGGCGUGGCAUUGACCCCUGGCCUGACUGCUGGAGCUGGAGAUUCCAGUUACCACCGUCUUUGAAUGGAACAAAUUGGAUAGGAUUGGCUAUCUGUGCAUCAUAUCUUAUUAGCAGAGACUAUCUGUUGGAAAGUAUUUCCUGCCCCUUUAUUUUAAAAUUGGAAACUAGAAACAAUGGUUUGUCAUCUUCGCAUCGGUAUCAAAUGAGCAAUGAAGAAUCCGAGUUCUUAAAGCAUUGUGACCACAUUGGGAGGAAUGUCGCUGGUGAAUUCAUCUGGCUCUCCUACAUUCCGCGACGCUGGUUUCUACAUCAGCUAAAUGAUGAGUCUGCCCUCAAUGUUUCAGUGACUCGAAUGUGGUGGAAGCCGGAGAAGAUCAGCCUCCGUUUUUUGUACGCGCAUGAGGGGGAAGAGUUUAAGCAGCUCUGUUGCAGUCUUCAUGGAUCCCCUCCCCAACAGUAA